GUAUUUAUUUACACGCGUACAUACGUUUACAUGCUCGAUUACGUAUAAGAACAUUACCAUUUUGUAUUUUGCGUUUUCAAUUGUGACGUUGUGCAUUGUUGUUUAUCGUGUAAAAUAGAGUAAAUGAUAGUGUCGCUGUAUCGCGUCUACAUGCGUAAACGAUGAUAAAAGGAGGAGAAUAACGGAAGACUAAAACGUAAACAUAACCUCCGUGAAACGGAUGAUAUAUUCGAACGUAUCCGUUGACGUCGGUCUAUACUAUACGAAAUGGCAUUCUGAAAAACGAAACCACGAAAAUUCUACCUGUGCAUUUGUGCAUUUAAUGAAUGCCGAUUAGUAGCGCAUCGUUAGGUUAGGUUGUGCGAUUAAAGAGGCGAUACAAAGAAUGGGACGUAGUCGUACACCUUCGCCUGGAAGGAGGAGAGAUCGAUCUCGAGAUCGAGACCGGGAACGGGAACGAGAACGAGAUAGAGAUCGAAGACGAAGACGUUCGCGCGAAAGAAGACGAAGGUCCGUUGAACGAGAUCGCGUAAAAUCGAGAGAUAGAGAGAGAGAUCGUGAUCGCGAACGAGAAAGGCAUAGGCGCUCGUAUAGUAGAUCAAGAUCAAGAGACAGAGAUAGACCCAAACCAAAAUUAAAGACUACGACGGCGGAACGUCCAGUGAUCACGGAGGCUGAUCUCCAAGGUAAAACGCCCGAAGAGCAAGAAAUGAUGAGAAUAAUGGGGUUUUGUGGUUUCGACACCACCAAAGGAAAAAAAGUUGAAGGAAACGACGUGGGAGCCGUGCACGUUAUCUUGAAAAGAAAAUACAGGCAAUAUAUGAAUAGAAAGGGAGGAUUCAAUAGACCGCUAGAUUUUGUUGCUUAAAACUUUAAUGGAAAUCAAAUCAAUCUUUAGUCCAAGACAAAUGUUUUGAAAGGCAACAAACAGAAAUUUUAAUCCA